CUCUCAUUCAGAGAGAGAGACGCCUUGGUGUUAUCUGGGAACUUCCUGAAUACGAGCUUCGUUUCACUUUCCAUUUCUGCGCAGUUGCUUGGAAAUAAACAAAUGUUUUAAUCGUCAGUGUCCACUGUAAAGAAGAACGACGAAGAAGACAAAGAUUGAAUCAAAAACAUUGGUCAUAUGUAUUCAGGAUCCAAGUAUGGCUGCCCUAGAUGCUUCCAGCAAAAUUAAAGAAGCGGAGGACGUGGCCCGGCUGCUGAGCCAAGCCAUCAACUACAGAGAUAAAGAAGAAGCCACCAAAUGUCUCGAGCAGCUGUUGGAUCUGAAGCUCCCCGUGUGUGUCAAACUCAGACCAGAGGCAUACAGCCAAGAAACCAUCAGGUUGAGGGUGGGAGUGACGGAUGCGAUGUCAGAUGUUUGCAUCCCUAUUACAUUGAUGGUACCUGUUUACACGACCAUAUCAGAACUGAAAGAGAAGAUCAGUAAGGACUAUGGAUUCCACCCGGCCAUCCAGCGCUGGGUCAUCGGGAAGCGUCUCGCCCAGGACAAAGAUUCGUUGUAUCAAUAUGGGGUCAAAAUGCACGACGACUCGGCCUUCCUCUUUGUUCUGACGGCCAAGGCUGCUAAUCUGAGCCGGGAGCAGGAGAAGAAAGACAAAGGAGAGAAACUCAUAGACGAUAUCAUAGAAAACAUUGAGCUUCUAGAUAUUGCAGCUGCAUGCCCUCCAGAUGUGCUUCCAAAGCCAAAUAUUGCUUUACCUCCCAAACCUCAGCAGAUCGGAUGGUCGUGUUCAGAGUGCACGUACCUGAACAAACCCACCCGUCCCGGAUGUGAGAUGUGCAGCACAGCCAAACCCGAGAAUUACAAAGUUCCAGACCUGUACCGCCCGGACGAGGAGGAGACUAGGAGACUUCAGCAGGAGGAACUGGCUAGCCUGCAGUACGAGCAGUCUAUUAUGGCAGAACGGGAGAAUAAUUACCGUGACCUCUUGGAAACAGAUACUCGCAGUCUGGUGGGCAACACGGAAGAACUGGAUUGCGCAAUCUGCUUUUGCACCAUCCAGCCGGGACAGGGCGCUGUACUGCGAGAGUGUCUGCACAGCUUCUGCAGGGAAUGUCUGAAAGGAACAGUGGUGAACUGCACAGACGCAGAAGUCGCGUGUCCUUUCGUAGACCAGGAGUACUCCUGUAACUGCAAACUUCAAGACAGAGAAAUCAAAUCUCUACUUACCCAGGAGGAGUAUCAGAAGUUUCUGGAACUGAGGCUGAGCAUCGCAGAGUCCCGCAGCGAGAACAGUUACCACUGCAAGACGCCCGACUGCGCAGGCUGGUGCAUCUUCGAGGACGACGUGAACGAGUUCACAUGCGACAUCUGCAACGAGACCAACUGCCUUCUCUGCAAAGCCAUUCACAAGAAUAUGAAUUGCAAGGAGUAUCAGGAUGAUCUUCGUGUAAGAGCACAGAACGACGCAGCAGCCCGGCAGACCACCGAGAUGCUUGAGCAACUUGUCCGAACCGGCGAGGCGAUGAACUGUCCCAAAUGUCAGGUGAUCGUCCAGAAGAAGGACGGCUGUGACUGGAUCUGCUGUCUGAUGUGCAAGACAGAGAUCUGCUGGGUGACCAAACAAGCUCGAUGGGGACCACAGGGUGCUGGAGAUACUUCAGGUGGCUGUAAAUGUCGAGUCAACGGAGUUCUCUGCCAUCCAAAGUGUCAGAACUGCCACUAAACGCUGAUCGCUGCUGAUUUACUACAUCAACACAACACUUCUACACAUUCCAUGACACCUCACGAUGGGUCGACAUGCUUCAUCUGCUGUGACACUGUCAAAUGUUUACUGCCUUUAUUUGGCCGAAUAAUCCACAUUAAUUCAGGACUGUAGAUAUUCUAAAGAUUACAGACCUGUGUUUUAAACAUAGGCCUAGAUCAAAUCAGGACAAGAAUUUGGAUAUUAUUAUUUAAAGAUAGAAAGUGCCUUUAAGUUAUUUCUAUGCAUUAAAUGAUAUGGGAUGAAGAUGUGGCUACACGUAUCUUGACCAAAGUGUUUACGCUAAACUGAUGUCUUAAAUCACUACUAUUUUUAUGUAAAAUCAUGCUAUGGGACUUGUGCAAUGAUCAAUAAUCAAACCAUUUCUUUUGUCAUCGGCAGAAUAUUGGCGCUGUGAAACGAAUUGUAAGAGGCUUCGUGGUGCAUCUCGACUUGUAAAAGGGAUUUUUUGUUUGCUCUGCAGUUGUUAUCAGUCUAGUGUGAUGUUCAAAAUGUGUACAGCCAAGGUAUAAUUGAAACUAUGAAGGAUGUAAUAGAAAGAAAAUAUUCUUGACUAAUGCAGAGAAAUUCUGGAAAACAGAAAGGGCUUUUUUAUAUACCAAAAAAUAUCUAUCCCAAAUAUCAUGAUGACAGAAUACUUAAAACGAGAAUACAUUUUUUGCAAUUGUUUACAAUAUUUUAUAAAUUAAUAAAGCUGGCACAAAACA